AUGACAUCGUCUACAGACUUGAGGGUGGAUAGCGAGAAUGGCAGUCGUGAGGCGGCUAAGGCUGAAGAGGGUCCAGAGGCCAAGCAGGACGUGUCAUUUGACGAUUCAUCCAAGUUGUUGCCGUCCAGUCUGCCCAGUGAAGAAGUUAGUGAACAGUCGCUCCUCGAAGAGCUCUUCCCAGAAGCGAACAGUGCUCCACCGCCUCGGCCGACGAAAAAAAGCAGAGAUCAAUAUCCUAGACUGGAGCUACCCAAGUCCAUUAUCCGCCCAGAGCCUGUGGGUGGGCCACGGAGGGUAGAAAAGCGGGCAACGGAACCGUUUCAGCAACAUAGGGAGCAGAUUGCUGUGCUCCAGCUGACCAACUGCAGCACUGGAUUGACCGAAGCCGACUUUCGUCGCAUCAUUCCCAAGGGCAAACACCUGGAGGGAUGGCGGCAAGACAGCGACUUUUACAAGGUCAUUCCUGGACGAGACCCUGUGAGUCUGGAACGUUUGCCUUUUUACUAUCUUUUGUUCAAGAACACGGAGGCAGCGUUGGCAUACCAGAAGAAUGCUUCGAGACUGCACAAGCUCAGCGCCCGUUACCAGCCUUCGAGCAUCCUAUCCGCUAUUCCUCCGCCCAAGGGAUUUCUCGAGGACGGCGAAGACAUUGGUGCUGCAGUAGCUUCGUACAACCUGCUGCCCAAGGAUCAUGCGAUGAGUCUGAACGUGCUCAUGCAGCCAUACAACCCUGCUCUACGGUUGUUGAUUGAGCGGGGCGGGUACCAGCCGAUUGCGCCAGGUGUGGAUGAAAAGGGCAAUCGCAUCUGGCGGGUGCUCCUGCACAUUGAAGGCUACGAACCGUCUGCAUCCGACAUAUACAUUGCCAUUUGCACCGACGCAUACAAACAGGGAAGCCUGGUGCCGCUGCGAAACGAGUCGCAGUCGUCGAUCCACCGGCUGCGCGACAUGAUCAAUCUCAAGAUGUCGGGCAAGCUCAUUUCGUCGAGCCGGCCUCGCGCAUACGGCACGUUUGAUCACUCUGUUUCUCCGCUUACGAAUGCCGCGUCGUCGUCCAUAAUGGGUAGCGCGGAAGAGGACCGAUCGGCGGCGCAGAUGAAUCAAGAGGCGAUGAACCGCGUGUAUAACCGGUGGGUGCUGGACUUUGAGGAUGAGCAUAGUGCACGCAGGUGGUGUAUGCGGUGGCAUCGUAAAGUGUUUCCUGAGCCCAGUGGUGGAGACACGUCGUGGAAGGAUAACGAGGAGGUGAGGAUGUGUAAUGCAGAGGUGCUUUGGUGA